AUGGCGCAACCAAGAGAGAACCCUGGCCCGUUUCCGAGGUUCAAAGGGCCGCUGGAGUUGUCUGGUGCUCUGGACAAAUAUGAGUCUAUCGAGGUCACUCCCGUACUUGGGAGAGAAUUCCCAACGGCUAAACUUCUUGAAUGGAUGGAUGCUCCAAAUUCCGAUGAGCUGUUGAGGGAUUUGGCAAUCACCGUGUCCCAGCGUGGUGUUGUUGUUUUCCGGGCCCAAGAUGGUGUUGACACCGAGGUCAUCAAGAAACUUGCCAUACGGCUAGGAGAGCUUACGGGACGGCCCAGUGAAAACGGACUUCAUAUCCAUCCCUUGUUCAAUUCUGAACGGGACCAUGGUGGAGCUGAUAACCAGAUCAAUUGCGUCAGCUCUGAGGACCGUAAAAGAGUGUAUGCUGCCGAGCAACACCAGAAGAAGAAGGUCCAGUCUCAUAAUAACUGGCAUUCCGAUCUGGGUUUUGAGGCAGUGCCGGGUGACUACUCUGUUUUUGUACUUACUGAAGUGCCUGAAACUGGAGGAGACACAUUGUUUGCCUCGGGAUGUGAUCUGUACGACCGAAUUUCGACACCGAUGCAGAAAUUUCUCGAGACUCUCACAGCUAUUAAUGCCAGCCCCAAGCUGGAGCAAAUCGCCAGAGACAAUGAGUUCUCCAUGUACACCAACCAGAGAGGAUGCCCACAGAAUGUUGGCACUGUUUUCCGACACGAGCACCCCGUCGUCAGAACCAACCCAGUGACUGGAUGGAAGUCGAUCUACGCUCUUGGUCAGAACACAGAGAGCAUUAAAGAUUUGGCCCCUGAGGAGAGCACCCUGCUUCUCGACUGGAUCAUCAACAUCCUCUACAAAAAUCACGACACACAGGCGCGAAUUCGUUGGAAACAGAAUAAUGACGUCGCUAUCUGGGACAACCGUAGCGUUUUCCACUGUGUGACAUGGGAUUACGAUCACUUGGGCCCACGGAUGGGGAAGAGAGCUCUUUGUGUCGGCGAGAGGCCGUACUUUGAUCCCAACUCCAAAUCUCGCCAGGAAAGCGUUGGCUAUUAA